UUCGUCGCGUUUAACGUCGCGCAUAUUCGUUCGAAAGAAUACCCCAAUACUUCGUUGCGUUCAUCCGCGAAUCAUAGCGCUGCGUGGACAUUUCCUAUCCUCUCGAAUAAUCCUUUUAUAAUAUCCGUUUUGAAUAAAUUUAACGACGAAGGAUUAAGAUUUGUAUAAAAAGCUAUUCGUUUUUAAAUAUGGAUAAAAGAUGGAUUCGGACAAUGGAACGGAAGAAAAAAAGAUCAAUUAUGCAGAGAUUACGAAAGAUUUUUAUUUUAAACUUAUAAUUAAUCUUGCACGUAAAAGGGAUCCCUUUUGAUCAAACGAGAUCAUUAUUCGGAAAUGUUUCGUUAUUAGUCACCGAUGUUAUACGUAUAUUCGAGAACGAUUUAAAGCAAACAAUAUCAUUAUCUGGCUGUUGGCCGGUCCGCGUUUUUAUUCUUCAAAAUAUUCUUCGCCGUUUCACAAUUUGAUAAACAAAUGCACGUGCUCACUGUUUUCAAGAACGAACCUAUUAAUAUUAUCGAAAAUCAUAAAGCGAGGGAAUGAAAUGGAAACGUCUUUAUUGUAAAAUAAAAUUAUUUAAUUAAAUUCGAAAUUCGUACGAUUUAAUUGAAAAGAUAACGCAGAUUAGAGACAAAAGAUAACGAGAACAAUUAACAAUAAAACACGUAGCUUGUAUGACCCAGUGAAAUAUAAUGUGCAUAAACUGUCUGAAAAUUACGCGAAACAACAGGAUGACAGAGAGAAUCGAGAAUGAGAUGAGACUUCGAGAACAUCGAAAUAAAGAAUCGAACGAAACUUAACCUCUCUCUCGUAAGAUAAAUCCAUGGUAUGCGCAACUGUGGAAUUGAAGUAGCCUUAAAAUUAUAUAGCGCAAAGACAGGGGCGCCACAAUACGAUUCCGUUCAUCGAUAAUACGAUCGAGUCGAUAAUCAGGAAACGAAUUAACAUCAAUUAGAACGAACUUUACAAGUUUAACCGAAUCGAUAGGAGCCACUCCUUGAGCUGAAGUACAUCAUUCUCUGGCGAACGUACAAAUCGCGCGAUACGACCGUUUUCCAAUCAGUGUAAUCGGUUUAAUCAUUUACGCGGCGCUGUACUACACUCUACUUAAUUCUAUGCGAGUCCUUGAAGUCCAACCAUGGCACGGCCCCUAAUUCAACUUCGUACAGGUACAUGGUUGUAUAGGUGCAUUAUUAUGGGUAAUCUUUCGGCUCGCUUUGUAAAUUUUUUCUCAACCGACCAUAUCCUUGACGAGGAGACGAUCGCCACUUACAUAGAGUUGACAUAUUUGAACAAGAAUGAAAUAUAUCGCGUGAUCAAUCUGCUCGACAAUGUGAAUCCUGGAAAACUUCGUCAGAAUCCCCAUCAUCGGUUCACCAUUGACGAGAUCGAGACAAUAUUUCCGCAACUUCGAUGCAGUCCAUUUCGUGACUCCAUAUAUCGAGUAUUCUCUUCGAAGAAAGACGAACGAUUGAGUUUGGAAGAUGUUCUGGACUUGUGCUCGGCCUUCUCCGAACAUUGCCCCGACAACGUUCGCGCCACUUGGGCGUUUUACGUGUUUGAUUUGAACGGCGACGGUGAAAUCUCAUCGAACGAUUUAAUCGAAACUGUGCAGAGGCUGAUGUGGCCCCACCAGAACGAGUACGGGGGCAUUGAUACGGCCGAGGCGGAACACGUCGCGCGAAUAAUACUUCAAGAGAUGGUGUUCAAUCGACAGGGAAGCAUUUCCUGCGAAGAAUUUAUACGUUUCUCCUCGAGAAUUUCAGAAUUCUGGUCAUCGUUUCGCUUUAAAAUUUAAUUACGCUUACAUCACGGUAAUUUAUUUCUGUAAUUUCGAUAUUCGUAUCAAAGCAAACGAAUAACUUUAUAUCUGGAAUUUCGUACGCGUCCAUAUCACGUAUUACAUAAUUAACUAACAAUUAUGUAACAGUUUCAAAAAGGUAUUGUCGCGAAUUAAUUCCAUUCGAAUCGGGAUUAUCGUUCAUUUUUGACGCAAGGAUGGAUCUAUCCACCGAUCCCUGGGCUCGAUACGAAUUUUUCGAGAAAGUUGUUUUCCAAAAAACAUUUUACACUUUUCCCCUAUUGGCAAUCGUCCACAUCUAGGGCGUGAAAACAACCUUUCGAAUUUGAGAACGAAAAAAUAUUUUUCUUUAAUAUCUCGUCAACUAUUCGAAUAUUGAAAAUUAUAUAUUUUUCAAUGAUAAAUAUAAUUGUGUAUGUUUGUAAAACGUUCCAACAAGUUUUUCUAUUAUAAUAUAAUUUUCCUUUCGUUGUACUUAAUUUAAUUAUCUUAAAUUGACGAUAAAAUAAAUAUAUCUAUCAGACUACGAUUAAGAAUAGUGAGAUAGAUAAAAGAGAGAGAUUAAUAAAUUUGUUGCUCGUAUAUUCAAGGAAUACAUAUAUUCAUAAACGAAA